CCAAUUUAAACUGUACCAAACAACACACGAGAGCAAAUAAAGGACUGAUCACAAAACAGAAACAAACACAAAAGCCCGUAAGCACAGUCCGGGGUUGCAACACCACCCAAUCUCUCGCACCCUCCACUCGAACCCCACGUCCACCAUUGCCAAAGAGAGCACGGGACCGCCACCAGAUCUGACCAAAAACCAGCAACCGCGAAGCCCCACACCACCUGACGCCCACCCUAAUCGGAGCCAAGGUGGCAGAGCACCCCCUCGCGCCGCCAGAACUCGCAGAUCCGACGGAAAACCAGUCCCCACCGCCGUCGUCGACCACCAAUCAGACCUCCUAAACGUUGCCAGAAAGAGGAGCCAAAGCCGUGCAACAACCCCCGCACCGUUCUACAAACUCGCCGCCACCAUUGUCGUCCUCUCUCGGCCAGACUGGAGCAGGCACAUAACAGAGGCGGCGCCAGGCACUCCUGCCGAGAGAAGAAACAUCGAAGAAGAAGAGAGGGCUCUGGCGGCUAGGGCUUCAGUGAGGAAUAUAAGUAGACCAAUUCUUCAAAUUUGGUAUUUUCAUUUUGCCAACUAUUCAUUGGAAGUCAACAUCAAAAACCAGGCCCUGGGUAUUCUCACAUGGGCACUUACCACUUAGCAGGAUUAGAAGUUUGAACUAAUUUGAUUUGCUCUAGUUCAAUCUACAACCUUCAUCAUCGCCGUUUCUGAUCACAUUUCCAACGAGCUAUCUGCUUUUUCUUCCUCUCCCAGCUCAUAUCACAGUAUUCUUUCAAUCUCUUUCCCAAUGAUCAAGUCUUUGUUCCACAGAGCGUCAAUUAAGGCCAUUCAUUUUCAACAGGCUUUAAUCAUUACCAAUCGCUUCUCCACGUUGUCGAUUUUUAAUUGCCAAUUUCUUGACAAGCCAACAGCAGCCUAUUACGAUGAGCUAGUUAAUGAUGCUGGUAGCUCUGGGGACUUUAAUACUGUUCGACAACUCCUCAACAAACGCAUGAAAGAUUGCUGCUACAACACCACCAACACCUUCAAUUUCAUCACCGAAAAUGAGGCCUCCCUCCUUGUGCUCGAUAAUCUAAUUUUGACAUUAACUCAUCUCGACAAGUGCCAAACUCGAAACAGUGCCUUCAAUGCACUCAUAUUACGUUUAUGCAAGUUGGGAAAGAUUGAGGAAUCUUUGCAUGUGAUUGACUCCAUGGCUCGUGUAGAUUGCAACUUGAAUGCAUGUAGCUUUUAUCCUAUAGUCAAAGUGCUCGCAAGGAGUAACAAAAUUGACGAGGCAUGGCGCGUGGUGGAUUUGAUGAGGAGUCUUAGGGUUGCUCCAGAUUCAACGAUCUAUAAUUACAUCUUGAUGACACACUGUAUCGUUGGAGAUUUAAGUGCUUUGGCGGUGGUGCUAACAAGGAUGGAGGAGCAAAAGAUGAAGGCAAAUGGACGGACCUAUGAUGCCCUAGUGUUAGGUGCAUGUAGGGCGGGAAAGGUGGAAGGGGCUUUGGUGAUUCUGAGGAGGGUGGAGGAUGAUGGAGUUCCUAUGCUAUUAUCAACUCGCCUAUAUGUGAUCGAUGCAUUGUUGAGCUUAGGUUAUUAUGACCAAGCGAUUAAGUUUGUGAGGACUUAUUGCGGGAAGGACUUGUGGCUAGAUAAGGAGAGUUUCGGGUGUUUGGCUAUUCGUUUGCUUAAGUUGAAUAGGAAGGAUGAGGCAAGGUUGGUUUUGCAGGAAAUGAGAGAAAGAAAACUUGAGAUGCGUCAGGCAUUGAUGAAGUUCCAAGAUAAUGAAAAAAAAUGUUGAAACAACGAAUUCUCAAAGAUUUGUUCGAGUUUACUAAUAAUCAUUAUAUCUUCUUUGGAACACAGAAGUCAUUUGACGUUAGUUUUCUUGUAUUUACAUUUAAAUCACUCACAUUCAUGAUUUUAUUAAGUUGGUGGAAAAACAACGAGCAUGUACCUAACACUGUUGCAGGAUAAAUUUUUGGAAGAUUGGUAAGGUUUGGAAAAGCCUAAAAUUCAUUAUUUGGCAAGAGAAUGGGAAGGAGAACAGAGAUGGUAGGUGGAUGGAGGUCGUCUUUGUGCUAAACAAACUGAAUCGGAUUGGAGUAAUAAUGAAGAAAAAAAAUGGUUAUAUUGUAUUUACUUCUAGAAAAAUUAUCAUAUGUAUAUAUAUAUAUAAAAUCAUUUUUACAAUAUAUAUUUACAAUUAAGGUGUCAACUGAUGAAGUCCCAUUCAGAAACAAAUGUCAUAUUAUUGUGUGCAAACUAUUAUUGUUUGAUCAUAGUGACCAAGUUUACUUAGUCUAA